AUGAUGAGAAUACCUCGUUGUUCGACAAUAUGUGUUUCAACACUCGUCAUUCUAUUUGUUGUUGGUUCAUGGCUUAAUUUGUCUGGUGUAUGGAUUGAAUUUCCAUUAAUUGUUGAUCAAUUACCUGAAGGAUGGGGUUUACCAGCUCGAAUGGGUCUUAUUUCUAAUCUAGCGAAUAUAGGUGUAGUAAUUGUUGCUUUCAUUCGACGAUUUUCACAUGGUCGUGUAACAUAUGAAGUUCCCGUAAACAUAUUUAUAUUGACAACAGGAACUGUUGUUCUUAUUAUUUUGGCUUUUGUAUGGCAUAAAACAACAUGGAUUAAUGGAAGUGAACAUUCAACAUAUUUAAUGGGAUUUUCAUUAAGUUUAUCACUAGUCGAUUGUACAUCAAGUGUAACAUUCUUACCAUUUCUUGAUCGUUAUGAACCAAUUUAUCUUAAUGCGUAUUUUUUUGGUGAAGCACUAUCAAGUUUAUUUCCAGCUUUAUUAGGUAUAGCACAAGGUGUAGGUCAAACAUCAUGUAUAAAAGAUCAAAAUGGAACUCUAAUUGAAUAUAAUUCUCCACCACGAUUUUCUGUUCGAGUAUAUUUUUUAGCAUUAGCAGUAAUUAUGUUAGCUUCACUUCUUUCAUUUAUUACUCUUUGUUUGAUACGAACAGGUCGACGAAAAGAGAAAUCAUCAAUUAAUUCUUCAAAUAUUAAAGUACGUGCACCAGUUGUUGAGUUAAGUACAAUUGAUGAUGAAGUUAGUGCUAAUUUGGAGGUCAAUACAUUUCGUAACAUAAUAUCAGAUGAAUAUUCAAUGACCAUGAAAGAAUUUUGGAUUUCAAAACAUGGAAUAUAUUUAUUUUUAUGUUUUUGGACAAGUAUCCUUAUUAUUGGAGCUUCGCCAAGUCUACAAAGUUAUUCUUUAUAUCCAUAUUCAAUUGAAGUUUAUCAUCAUACAAUAGUUGCUUGUCAAUUUGCCUAUCCUCUUAUGUCACUUCUUGGUGUAUUCAUUCCUCAUCUACGUUCUCGUUAUGUUUACCUACUUACUAUUAUUGGUACUGGUCUUUUUGUGUAUACAUUUAUUUCUGCUAAACUUUCACCAUGCUCACCAUUAGUCGAUCAAUUAAUCGGUAAAAUUCUUAUAAGUCUUGGUUGGGUAUUAAAAUAUUGUGUAUUAUAUUUCAUACGUGUUUUACUUGGAAAUUAUUUUGGACGUAAAUCUGGUCAUCGUGGUUUAUUUUGGUUUGGUGUUUUAACACAAAUAGGUUCAUUAAUUGGUGCUCUUGCUAUUUAUAUAUUUACAGACCAUUUAAAUCUUUUUCAUGAACGUAAAAUAUGUGUUUCGUAUCUAUGCUAA